AACACCGCAAACACAACACAUUUCCAACACCACUUCUUGUGGUUCAGAAACAACAAUCUCAAACUCAAAAAAAAUGUUGUCAGAAUUAACCGACGACAUAAUUCUCAACAUCCUAUGGAAGGUUGAAGAAGACCCUCGUGACUGGGCUCGUCUCUCUUGCGUCUCUUCCAAGCUCAACUCCCUCAUCCAUGCUUUCUGCUGGAAGAACAAAACCUCUCUCACCAUCCCCUCCGAGCUUCUCUCUUCUUCGCAAGGUCACUCUCUUCUCAAACUCUCCUUCUGUUGCCCCGGUCCUCUUCACGCCGGUAUCCUCUUCAACAACACCGCCGAUUUCCCCGACGAACACCACCACCAACUACAACAACAACAACAACCCACCACCACCUCAGCAACAGCUUCAUCCUCUCUUCCUCUUCAACCUACUCAACCGAAUGAAUGUUCUUCCAUUUGGUCACUUUACGAUGAUCUUUACCAUGACACCCUCUAUGCAGAUUCAGAGUCCCAUCAACAACAAGAACUCCACGAAGAAGAGAUUCGAGCUGGUGUUGUUGAUGUUCCGGUUGAAUCCAAGAAAAGAAAGGUUAGUGGUUCAUUGAGUUCGCACUUAGCGACGGGAAAAUGGACGCUGAGUAGAGAACAAGGGAGUAAACUGCUUGCGAGACAGUACCGUGAUGAUUGUUUGUAUGUUUGUGAUUGGCCUGGGUGUGUUCAUUUGGAGGAGAAGAGAAAGUAUAGGCUAUUCAGAGGGGUGUUUAUGAAUUUCAAGAGGACGCGAGUUUGGAAGACGGUGAAUGAUUGUAGUAACAGGAAGAAAGUUGAUAUGCCUUGUGCUUUUUGUUCGUGUAAUCAUACUUGGGAUCUUCACUCUGCUUUUUGUUUGAAGAGAGGGUUUGGGUAUCAUGAAGAUGGGGAGCCUGUUGUUAGGGCUUAUGUUUGUGAUAAUGGUCAUGUUUCUGGUGCUUGGACUGAUGUUCCUAUGUACGCUUGAUUGUUGUUUUGUAGUUUUUGUUUUCAUGUUCUGUCUUUGUCUUUUGUUUGUUGGAUUUGAUAAUUGUCAUUGUUUGGUUCUCUAGUAUAUGAGAGAAGAAAGAUCUCAUAUGAGACUAGGAUUUAUUUUCAUUUCUAUUUUGUAUU